GACUCGAGAAACCAAGCCCCGGCCAGAAUGCUGAAAGUUUCUACAAUGGAUGUAGCAUCUCGACAUGGUUGGCGGCGCUCCCUCGUCGCCGCCGCGCUCUUCGCACUCGGGGCCCGCGCCGGCCCUGCGCCCGAUUCCCUCGAUCCGUGGCCGAGUAUUACCCCAAGCGACAAGCUGGAGUGGCACCGAUGCCUCAGCCCAUUAUCGGGCGGCGUGGCCACCCAAUGCGCCCGCCUGACAGUGCCCAUGGACCCCGAGCGGCCGUCCGGGGUCGCAAAGGUCCAGGUGGCGCUGCUCCUCGUGCCGAGCGCCAGGACGCGGCGCGGCGCCAAGGCCGACCGGCCCCCGCUCCUGGUCAACCCGGGCGGGCCGGGCGGCUCGGGCGUCGCGACCGUGCUCAGUGCCGGCGAGCAGCUCCGGUCCCUGAUGGGCGGCGGCGAGGACCAGGACGUGAUCGGGUUCGACCCGCGUGGCGUCGGCGCCACCACCCCGCGCGCCGACUGCUGGACGCCGGUGGGGGGUGACCCCUUCGCCGCCCACGCGCGGCGGGUGCAGUGGAACGCCAUGGGCGCCGCCGUGGGCCUGAUCAACUCGAGCGACACGGCGCUGCGUCGCCAGGACGCCCGCGUCCGCGCCUCCAACGCCAUGUGUCGGGAAAAGGACAGGCGGGCCGGCGGCGCGGACGCGAGCAUCCUGAGGUACGCGUCGACGGCGUUUGUGGCCCGCGACAUGCUCAGCAUCGUCGACGCGUGGGACGCGUGGCAGGAGACGCUACCGAGGAGCAACGGAACGCAGCCAUCGCCGCCGCAGAACAAGACGGUGGAUUCCAAACCCAAACGGCGUGACGCCGAUGCGGGCGCGGCCGGCCUGCCGCCCAAGGGGAAGCUGGUGUACUGGGGCUUCUCGUACGGCAGCUACCUGGGCGUGACCUUUGCAAAGAUGUUCCCCGACCGCGUCGGCAGGGUAGUCAUUGACGGCAACGUAAACCCUUAUCAGUGGGGUGCCUCGCUCCAGUCUGAGAGUCUUCACGACACCGACGCUGGCCUCAGUGACCUCUUCAAGCACUGCUUCGAGGUCGGGGCCAGGUGCCAAUUUAGACGGGACGGCGAUGCCGGGCCCGCCGACAUCGAGGCGCAGUUUUGGGCCCUGCUGGACCGGCUGGAUAGAGACCCGCCCGUCUUUGCAUAUCCAGCCAACUCGACCUCCCGGCCGGCUACCCCCGUCGUGGUCACGUCGGAUCUUGUAAAGAGCUACAUGUUUAACGUGCUCUACAACCCAAUCCUCUCCGCCUUCGAAGUCGAUAGUAUGCUCAGCCAUCUCCACGACGGCAACGCAGAAUGGACUGGGGACUAUUUCCGCGUCCAGGAACCCCCCAGUCUAUGCGACUCCAGCACACGCCCGGCAUGGGGCCUUCCAGACGACAGCCUGACUGCCGUCUCAUGCGGCGACAAGCGCGAACCGGUUAACGACACGCUUGCCGACAUCCAAGCCAAGUUCGAGCGGCACGCGGCCACCUCGCGCUUCGCCGACGUGUUUAUGGGCCUAGGCGUCGACAUGGAAUGCAACCACUGGGGCAUCCCGUCGGCGUCCCGGAACCGCCCCGGCCCCUGGGACCCCUCGCAGGAGGGCAACGCGACGGAGACGGCGUUCCCUCUCCUGGUGCUCAGCAACACGUACGACCCGGUGACGCCGCUCAAGUCGGGCCUGGUCAUGGCCGCGGCCUUCAAGGGCGCCGGCUUCGUCGAGCAGCGGUCCGGCGGCCACGCCAGCGUGUCGGCCGCCUCGGCCUGCACCGCCCAGAUCCUUCGCGCCUACUUUGUCGACGGCAAGACGCCGCCGCCGCCGCCGCCGCCCGCGGGCCGGGGCGAGGGGGGCUGGACCACGUGUGAGGUGGACGAGCUGCCCUUCAAGGGGCGCACGUCGACGGUAGAGCCGCGCGCGGCCGGGGGCGAGGACGAGAUGCAGCACCAGGUGGAGGCGGUGCGCGAGGCGCUCGCCGCCGCCUCACGCGUCGGUGCACACAAAGCGGGUUCCCCUAUUUCGCAAGCAGAUGACAUUCCAUAAUAAAACCCCCAAUCCCCAAUCCAUUCCAACAAAACCCA